UGACGUCACAUGUGGGUGGUUGCUGCUACGUGGACAGGAAGUACCUAGCUCAGCUAGCCAGUCGCCAAAAAUACCAAAACAAAUCGACGGUGCAGGCGAAAGACGGUUCAUGAAGCAGCAUAACAUUUAAACAUGUCAUGAUUGAGGCAAGGCGUUUCAUUGCACUUUAUGGAUUACCGAGCUUUCUCUAUGGAGUAUUCUUUGACGUGGAUCGAUGAAAGGUUUGCCUGAUUGUUGUUAGCUAGCUAACAUUAGUUGCCUAACCAGCUAACGUUAGCUAGGUAGCCAAGUUAGACAACUCGCUGCUUAGCAUUUCCUUUUUUGGAGUAACAAAACUUAGCUAUACCAGAUCGAGAUUGUCAUAAGUCAACUAUAUUGUUAGCUAACCUCAUUUGAAAGUGCAUACUCCUAGCUAGCUAACCUGGUCACUAACGUUAGCUAGCUAGCAAUAGACCGCUAUGAGUUGGUUCAGUUCUACCCAACUGUCAAGCUUUGCCAAACAAGCUUUGACAACAGCUCAGAAGUCCAUCGACCGCGUACUGGACAUUAAAGAAGACGAAUGGGGUGACACAGUGGUAAUGCCUUAUGACGAUCUACCAGGGAAGACUCCAUUGAGCGGUGGAUGGGGGAUGACACAAUGGGACUCUCCCCCGGAGGAAUGCACCACAACUCUCCCCCCAUCAUCUGAGGCCAUCACGACCCCUGUCACCCGCAUGGUUGUGGAUGAAACAGAGAACUUCUUCAGUGCUUUUCUGCCCUCAGGAGAGCUCCAGGGUGUCAUGGACACUCAGGUAGUCUCUGUGCCGCCCACCAAGUCCCACAGGCGGCCACAGGAGAAGGAUGAGGAGGACAAGGACGAUGUGGACCCUCACAAGACAGGCCUGACAGAGACCAACAGACUGGAAGACCAGGAAGCUACUGAGAACCAGGCUGUCCUGACUGAGUCCUCAAGUCUAUGGUCUUCCUCUGAAAUUGUUCUCGUUCAGACACCAGACUCUCCAGUCCUGGCUCAGGGUGAUUCUCCUGAUGACACUGACAGCCUACUAAUCAGUGAGAGCUGGAUAGAAUCAACUGUGGAUGAUACAACUGCUGUUUCUGAGGAUGCACGAACUGAACGACCAUUUACUCCCUCAGAAACCCAACAUGAUUAUGAUGAUCACAUCUCUGAACCCACCGUCAACACUGAACUAGAGCCCCCCUUCAAUCCAUCUCCUCCCACACCCCCUAGGGAAAUCUUAUUGGAGGCCAAAGACCCCAAAGUGGAGGACAGGCAGAGUGACACACCCUCCCCUAAAUCGGAGGACAGACAGAGCAACACCCCCUCCCCUCCUGUCAGCGCCUUCUCCUCAGGCACCUCCACCACUAGUGAUAUUGAGGUUUUGGACCAUGAGAGUGUACAGAGCGAGAGUUCAGCCAGUUCCAGGCAGGAGAUAGCAGAGGCCAAAGCAGGCCUCCACCUGAUGCAGGGCUCCUUCCAGCUUCUCUCAGCCUCUGCCUGUGGGGACUUCCCCCGCUUAGAGGACUACCCCAAGCUGACCGAGAGCUGUGGAUCCUCCUCAGAUGCCUUUGAGCGCAUCGACUCGUUCAGCAUGCAGUCCCUGGACAGCCGCAGUGUCAGCGAAGUCAAUUCUGAUGAUGAGAUCCCAGGGAGCCGGACACUGGCAUCUGUCACCGCAGGGCCCACGCCUUCUCCGCCUGUCAGAGUGGCAACCACUGCACAGGAACGGGAAAAAGAAGAGGAGGAGAAGCAGCAGGAGGAGGAAGAAGAUGAUGAAGAGGGGCUAACAGAAACAAUGAAGGAUCAGUCUCUGGAUGAGAAUGAGAUGGAGGAGAGUGGUCGCAGUGCUACACCUGUUAACAGCGAGCAGCCUGAGGACCUAAUAGAACAGGAAUCAGAGGCGGACGUCACGCUGUCAGGUCCCACCCCUGACCAUGAGGAACAGUUGCCCCCACCAAUAACGGAAGAGAAAAGAGGGGUGUCAACAUGUCAGAUUCUGGAGCUUCAAAAGGUAAUUGAUGAGCUGUCAAGCCGCCUUGAGAAGAGGGAGUUACAGCUGCUGUCAGUCAGCAAAGACAAAGCCAGGCUGGAGGAGGAGUGUGACAACCUUAAAGAUGAGGUGAUAGGUCUUAAGGAGGAGAGUUCCAGUGUGCAGUCUCUGAAGGAGGAGUUCACCCAGCGCAUCGCAGACACAGAGAGGAAAGCCCAGCUAGCGUGCAAGGAGAGGGAUAUUGCCAAGAAGGAGAUAAAGGGGAUGAGGGAAGAGCUGUCCACCAGACUGAACUCCAACGAGACUAUGGAGAUCAUCAGAGAGAAGGAGGAGCAGAUCCGCGAACUGCUGGAGGAGGGUGAGAAGCUGUCCAAGCAGCAGCUGCAGCACUCCAACAUCAUCAAGAAGCUGCGUGUGAAGGAGAAGGAGAGCGAGACCAAAAUCACCAAACAGAACAAGAAGCUGAAAGAUCAGGAGGAAGAGCUCAAACACCUACAGCAGGUUCUGGAUGAGAAGGAGGAAGUGGAGAAGCAGCACAGGGACAACAUUAAGAAGCUGAACGUGGUGGUGGAGCGCCAGGAGAAGGACAUGACCAAACUCCAGAGUGACUCAGAGGAGCUCCUGGAAAACAACAGGAGCCUGCAGGCUGCCCUCGACAACUCCUACAAGGAACUGGCUGCACUGCACAAAGCCAAGGCAAGCCAUGCCAGCGAGGCCCAGGAGGCUGCUUUGAGCAGGGAGACCCAGGCCAAGGAGGAGCUGGCUCUGGCCCUGGUGAAGGCCCAGGAGGAGGCCCGCAUGCAGCAGGAUGCUCUGGUCAACCAGGUGGCUGAUCUGCGGCUGGCUCUGCAGAGGGCUGAACAGCAGCAGGCCAGGAAAGAAGACUACCUGAGGGAGGAGAUCAGUGACCUGCAGCAGAGACUGCAGGGGGCGGAGACCAGGAACCAAGAACUGAGUCAGAGUGUUACCUCUGCAACGCGGCCGCUGCUCAGACAGAUCGAGAACCUGCAGGCCUCGCUGGGGGGCCAGACGGCAUCAUGGGAGAAACUGGAGAAGAGCAUCUCAGAUCGACUAGUUGAAGCACAGGCCCAGCUGGCUGUUGCCGUGGAAAAGGAGCGUGCAGCAACUGAGGAGCUGAUGGCUAUUAAGGCCCAGCUGGCCUCACUGGAGUCCCAGAAUUCCCUGCUUCGACAAGAGAAAGGGCGUCUCCACGGUCAGCUGGACGCAGAGAAGACCAGGCGGGAGAAACUGGAGGAUGACAGCAGCAGGGAGCAUGUGGAGCUGGAUAAUCUGAGGGGAGAGCACACUCGAACACAGGAGGAGGCCAAGAAGGAGAAGCUCCUCCUGACCAAUCAGCUGGAGAUGGAGAAAAUGAAGGUGGAGCAAGAGAAGAAGAAAUGCUACCUAGCACAAGAGGCCCUGAAGGAAAAGGUAGAUCUAUUUGUCAAUGAGCGGAAGGUAUUGGUUCACUCUGUGGGUGAGCCCCCAGCCUCAUCCACCCCCUCCCUGUCCCGUUCCAGCUCCAUCAGUGGGGUAGACCACGCCGGCCUGCACUCCUCCUUCUCCCAGGAGGACUCUCUGGGUCACUCAUUGGGGACGAUGACGAUGUCUAUGAGUGGGACCAACCUGUACGAGGCGGCUCGGCUCAGUGGAGGCUCCAGCAUCAUAGAGAACCUGCAAUCCCAGCUCAAACUCAGAGAGGGAGAGAUAGCACAGCUACAGCUGGAGAUUGCUAGUCUGGAGAGGACUCGCUCGUCCAUGGCGGAGGAGAUGGUCAGAUUGACCAAUCAGAAUGAGGAGAUGGAGGACAGUGUGAAGGAGAUCCCCACACUGAAAGUACAACUUCAGGAGCUGGAGCAGAGACACAACACCAUCCUCCAGAUGUAUGGAGAGAAGGCUGAGGAGGCAGAGGAGCUGAGACUCGACCUGGAGGACGUCAAGAACAUGUUCAAAACCCAGAUUGACGAACUGCUCAAGAACCAGAAGUAGACUGUUCCAUCUAACAUCCAGACCAUACACAGAUACAAUAAACUCUUUUUUUUAGAAGUGCAUUUACUGUAAAGGAUGGGAAAAGAAGAGUUAAUGCACCUUUUUAUUUCUGAUUACAGAACAGUUAUUGUUUUCUUUAGGUUUUCCAUCACUGUCUCUAAAGGAAGGGACAUUUGAAAAUCUGUCAUAUUAUUUUAACAAUUAGAAUCAAACUAUUUAAGUGGGAUAUGAUGGGUAACAAAUCAAUAUCUUAACAUGUACUGAUAUGAAGGAUAGUCACAAUUAAUAUUCUACAUUCAUCAUUUACUAGUUCCUUUGCAUUGAUUCAUAACCCAACAGCCUGUUAAACAGAUUGUUUUAGAUGUCAUUGUCCUUUAUUGUGAUCAACUGGCUUCCUUUUUCACUUUGUGUGUAGUGGGAUGAUUCAGAAUGGACUAUCAAGUUAUAUUGACAGUCUCAAUCCCCUUGACCCCAGCAUCCUAAUUGUCAUCAGUGUGUAUGUUUCUGAAAACUGUACAUCUUACUUUAGGAUGAAAGAACAGAAAGAGUAAAGAUUUGAUAUAUUGCUUGUUUGCAUUUGCUUCAGAGGUGUCACGUGUAGACAACCAAACGUUGCCUUUGGUGUGUAUCAGUGACUAGGAAAUCUGUAGAAUUGAAAGUUAUACUGUGUUGAGGCAAGGCAAGGAUAAUCUGCAGAUAUCUCAUAGGCAUUUUCUUUAAUUUAAAAAGAAAGCUAUUUAAUCUCAUGUUAACAUAGAUAAUGGUAUAAGAUGGAUGUUUACUCUAAAAUGUUUGUUCUUUCCCUUGCUGGGUUUCUGUCCAAAUUCAAACAAUUAACUGUUAUAACAAAUAUAUCAAAAAGAAAGAAUAUUGCACAGUGGUAUGUAGUCAAUAGUUUACAGGUUUCUUCACAAAUCACACAUGGGGCAUAGACAUGAAGUUAGAAACACUGUUGAUUUACAAGAUUCUCGGGUCUAAAAUGUAGAGUCUGUAAAUAAACAUUUAUUGGGGUGGGGA